AUGGCCAGCCAAGAUGCCCCGAUGGAGGAAAUCCUCUGGCGGUCUCCCCCGCACGUCCAGAUGAUGGGGGGUUUCAUCCACUCCAACAACAGUAAUGUCUACGCAUCUGAGGCUCCAGUGCAGUUACUGACACUUUGGACGUAUCUAGUUCUUUUCUACUUCGCCGAAUCCCCCUUCUUUGACCCAACCUCCAACAAUGCCUCUCUUGCCAUCCAAGCCAGCUACAAUGAAGCUUUCCGUCACUUCGUCGAGACACGUGAAGCAUUCGAGGCCCGCCUGAAGACUAUGUCUGGUCUAGAAUUCAUCGUCGCAUAUGAUCCUUUGCAAGCGGCCGCGCAGUCUGACACGCGUUUCGCCCAUGAACCGUCCAACGUCUGGGUCAUUCGAAAGCAGAACCGGCGGAAGCGAGCUGGCAUGGACGACGAGGUGACCGUGAUUUCGACCUACUUUCUUGUGGGCGAUUGUAUCUACAUGGCACCAUCAGUUGCCAGCGUGGUGGGAAACAGAAUUCUUUCGGCCGUUACAUCCUUAUCGCGUCUCAUGAAGACUGCCUCCACCCUUCCGACCUUCACCCCGUCUUACGGACACACAUACUUACCACCCAUGGCCCGGGCUACCGAGUCCACCGCGCAAGCAACACAGCAGAGCAAAGAAAACACGCCCAUGCCGGAAGCUGCACCACCUUCCACCGCGGACACACAAGCAACAGCUCGAGCAGGACUGGGAAUAUCGAAUACCAGCUCGAGCUAUCGAGAUACCCGCAGCCUUGCAGAGUCGUUCAACCUGUUCACUCAGUAUGGCGACGAAUUCAUGGACGAGACCCCGCUGGUCGGUGAACCGGGCUCGUUCAUUAUGUCACGAGUUGGUGGUGAGAGUGACCGCGCAGCCAAGAAUGCAGUUGCACCUAAGGCAUCCCUCGGUGUAACCACCGGUACACCUGGGGCACCUGGCCGAGUCUCAACCCCGCAGGUCCGGGUUGAUACGCCUGGAAAAGCAUCGGAGAAGAGUAACUCGCCACCUAGCUCGGGCGAGAAUAAAGGCAAGCGGAAAAAGAACCGGGUUGCGAGCUGA